CCAAUCCACAACAGCUGCGACACCCUCCUAGAGCUUUUGACUUGCUAGAUGCAUGCCGCGCCGGCACACUGUAUCAGCCCGAUGUGUGACCCUCCUGUACUAGCUACGCCACUCCGCACGCCGGCCCAAAUGCUCCGAUCAGGAAACUACCGUACUUUACACGGACUUACUUUGUCUCUAAUAUAGUUCACGCAUGUGGCUCAUGCGGGGUGCUUAGAGUUUGUCCAGUUCAGGAAAAAGAUGAUCAGAGUUAUCCCGGUGAGGCACUCUCGGUGCAUCUACCUCCACUCGUGUACCUUGGCAAGAUCAGCGCUACCUUCUAUAUUACAGGCUCCCUGAUCCCGGCACAUUGGCUUGCUAGGCCGGUAGAACUGCGCAACUCUUGAUACCAGGUGUUCUCACAAUGCGCCUUCGUCAACUUCUUUCUCCAGCAGUGUGGGCCUUGAUAGCUACCAAAACACAAGCAUGCACCACAGACGAUGACUGCAGUCUGAACGGCCUUUGCCUUCCAAACACUGGCGCAAAUACAACCUCUGUCUGUCAGUGCGACCCUGGCUGGUUUGGCUCUGACUGUGGGCGUGUUGACCUCGCGCCUGCCACCAGAUACACAGGCUUCAACAAUACCAAAUAUAGCGCACCGGAUCACUACAGCAACCGUGGCAACUCGUCCUGGGGUGGCCAAAUUGUGCAGGAUCAAGGCGACCCAAAGCUCUUCCACUUGAUCUACGACCAGUUUGGGCAUGGGUGCGGGCUCAGCGGGUGGCGGCCGAUGAGCUUCAUUGCAAGGGCUGAGAGCACAAGUGGGCCGCAAGGACCGUACAUGUGGAAGCAGAAUGUCACUGGAAGCUUCAGACACAACGCGUAUGUCUACUGGAGCCCAGCGGACGAGAAGUAUCUGCUUUGGAGUAUUGGCGUAGACGUGCCGGAUCCCAAGCAAUGUGGUGGCAUCAACAAAGCGCAGUGGCCAAACAACAUCUCCGUUUCCGCAGCACCAACAAUCCAGGGGCCUUGGAGCCCGUUCAAGAUCCUCGUAAACGGAACGAACCCAGCUCCAGCACCCCUGUGGACCUCCGACGACCCCACAAGCGAAACCGUCCUCGUGGCCGAAGAUCUGAAAAUCUUUACCGCGCCUUCCUACAACGGCCCGUACAAGCAGAUCUUCACCGCCCCGUGGAAUACCUCCGACUACUCGCCCACCUGGGCCGAAGAUCCCUUCGUCUGGCGCGACAAGCGCGGCAACUGGCACGCCCUCGCCCACUGGAUGGUCGACAUCUCUGAAUUUGGACGUAAAUAUCCACGCGUUGGCGCGCACAUGUUCGCGCGCAACCUCACAGGCCCAUGGACGUUCAAGCUGCAGGAGGCGUUUAACUCGACCGUGAGCUUCACCGAUGGGAGCGUCGAGACGUUCAAUCGUAGGGAAAGGGCGAAGCUGUUUUUUAGUGAUGAUGGAGAGGUUACGCCGUUGUAUAUGGUCAAUGGCGUGCAGAGGCUGGGGAGUACGACGGAGAGUUAUACGUUGAUACAACCGGUGGGCACGGCGUGGAGGGAGUAUGAGAAGGGACUGGGGUUUUGAAACGUGGUACAUUGUCUGUACAUUGUUUAGGGCCGAUCAAGCCAUCUCUCGUAGUACAUGAAAAGUGGACUGUA